AUGGCACCUAAGUCAUUUCAUAUCGUUGCUCUCGAGCCCAUCAUAUUCGGCUUGCAGAAUGCAGCCGCAGUGAUACGCAAAGGUGAAGCGUACGCCGAAGCCAACAAUACAGAUCCAAACGAGUAUCUCACCGCACGCCUCUAUCCUGACAUGGGCGACUUCUGUUACCAAGUCUACCGCUUCACCGACACCGCAAAGUUCAUCGUCGAGCGCUGCAAUCCAUCGGCCCCUACUAUCACGAUGCCCGAUGAAGAGAAGACGUUCCCGGAGCUGCUAGCGCGCAUCCAGAAAACGCUCUCGUACGUCCAAGGUAUUGAAGUUGAGGUUCUCGAUAACAGAGAAGAUUUUCAAGUCACGCUUCAUCUCGCGAAGCAUUUGCCGAAGGGUCCUAUCGAGGUCAAGUUCACUGCGUUUGAGUAUGUACAGCGACAGGCCCAUCCGAACUUCUGGUUCCACGUUGUCACCAUGUACGAUAUCUUGAGGCACAAGGGUGUUCCGCUGGGCAAGGUGGACUAUUUGAACGGUGCGGGAUUGAUCCCGAUCAAGUGGCUGGGUGCGUAG